AUGAAAGAACUUCAGCCCCUGGAGAACUGGAUGAAGAAAGAGAAUUUUCCACUGGACCAGUGGAAACGGGAGAUAACAGGAAACCAGAACCAGGAACCAGGGUCCCCAUCACUGUCCCAGGCUGGCAGCAAGACCCGGGAUGCUCAUCUCCACUUCUACAAUCUGCCUCCACAUUGUGGCCUGCUAGCAUCAACAGUUAGCAAGUCUGAGAAGGAGCUCCAAGAAGUGGUUUGUGGAUUAGCGUUCAUGCCUAAGCCAGGGGACUGCUUACAGAUUGAAUGUCCAAGGCUUGAAAGCCCUUCUUUCCAGCCCUCCUUCCAGGACCAAGGCCUGACGCCACCAGCCCCCGGGGUGUGCCAAGGCCUCAGGAGAAGGCUCGCCGGGAUCCAUGAACCCCAACACCACCUUCCAGACCCAGCCUUGAGAAUCCAGGUUCGGUCGCAUUUCUUCCGCGCGGAAACCGCCCGGAGGGGUGCAGGCUCCCGGGACAACCGCUCGUGGCCCCCCGACAGCCGGGGGCGCGCCGAGCGGGGGAGUCGGCGCCAGGGCAACCGGGGCGCGCAGAGCCGGGGGCGCGGGCGGGCUGGCGGCUGCAGGAGCAACAAAGUUUUGAGUCUGCGGGCCGCGCCCCUCCGAGCGCCCCGGGAUCCAGCGCGUAGUGACGAAGAGCAGAGCAACUCGGCCUUUUGGGAAAACAACCCUACGCACUUCGCAAAAGCAAAACCAGAAUUGCCUCCCAAGCCCCCUUUCAACAAAUCCCUCCCGACUCCCUCCCCCCCCCCACACACCAACGUCCCGAACCUGACAGUGAUCCCUAAGGCCUAACACUUUGCAAUUUAGCCAUAAAAACUGUCAGCACACCCACCUACAUAUGUGAGUGUUUUCUAUAUAAAAC